AUGAGUUUACGACGUCAACCAUCUCGUGCAACUUCGAAACCAAUUAUUCCAUCAUCAUCUUCUAUUUUCAUUAAUCCAACAAUUGAUUUAUUUCUUCAACAAUUUUCUCAAUUUAUUCGUCGUCAUAUUACUGAGAAUAAAAGUGAAACUGUACUUGUUGCUGGUCCACCAUCAUGUGGUAAAACGAAAUUACUUGAACAUAUAUUUACUAAACUUCAUACUGAUGAUCCAACACUUCAUGAUCAUGUCAUUCUUUUUCGUCUUAAUGGUUUAAUACAUUCAAUUGAAUCAUAUGCUGUUCAAGAAAUUUCAUCUCAAUAUAAUAUUCAUACAAAACUAAAUCAUGAUUAUCAAUGUGAUAAUGUUCAAAUUCUACUUGAAACAAUUGCGAAUGAAAAACAAGAUAAAAAAUUUUAUUUUAUUUUUAUUCUUGAUCAUUUCGAACAUUUUACAUAUCAAAAAUUAAAUUCGAUUCUUUAUACAUUAUUUGAUGCUGUUUAUUCAGAUAAAAAAAGUUAUUCAAUAUUAACUAUUGCUGUAUCAAAUCGUUCGGAUUGUCUUGAAUUACCUGAGAAACGUUUAAAAUCACGUUUUUCACAAAUUUAUUAUAUUUUAUCAUCACCAUCAAUUGACGAAUAUACAAAAUAUAUUCUUCAAACAUAUAAAAUAAAAAAAGAUAUUCAAAUAUCAAAUGAUUUAUUUAAUUCAUUAACAAAUAUUGAACAGAAAAUUUUUGCUUAUGUACGAGAUACAAAUAUUAAUAUUAAUGAAGAUACACGACCAGAUCAAUAUUUAGAUGGUUGUUUAACACAUUUAGAAAUAUUAUUACUUUUAAUGACCAAUCAUGUUAUUAAACGUAUGGAUGAAAAAUUACAAAAUCAAAUAACGGGUGCAAAUGAUAGUGGUGAUGAUGAUGAUGAUAAUGAUAAUGAUGAAAAAACUAGUGGAAUUUUAACAGAUACUAAAUUUACAUUUGAUCAAGUUUAUCAUGAAUAUUCAAAAUAUGUUAUGAAGAAUCAUAAAUAUUUUUAUGAUAAAGCAGUUGUUCGAAAGACAUUUCUUCGAUUAAUUGAACGAGGAUUUAUUCGACGUUAUUACGGUCGAUAUGCUCCUGUAGAUGAACCAUUAAGUGGUGAACAUACAAUGAUUAUGACAAUUAAUAAUGAUGAAUUAAAACAAUAUGUUGAAUUAAAACCUUUACCUGCAGAAAUUAAACGUUAUGCAAAAUCGAAUACAAAUAUUUGA